AUGAAGAUUGAGACCGAGAAUGAAAAGGCAUAUAUCGAUAUCACAAUUGACUCUCAAAAGGUUGGUCGAAUAGUCUUUAAGCUAUAUGAUGAUCUUGCGCCACAGACAUGUGAGAAUUUUCUCACUUUAUGCAAAGGAAUCACUCUUGGUGUAAGUGAUAACGAGAUUCUUUAUACAUACAAAGGGAACCAGUUCAAUAGGGUGAUUAAAAAUUUUGUUAUACAAGCUGGCGAUCUCAAUGGUGGUAAUAUAUCGACAAUUUAUGGAUCUGAUGCUACAAGACCUAUUCCGGCAGAAAACCUUUGCGAUGAGAUGCCACCUUUUAAAUUGUGCCUGGCGAAUAAUGGUGAUGUGAAUGCAAACGGCUCACAGUUCUUUAUCACAACAUACCCCCAACCCCAUUUGGCGAAAAAGCAUAGUGUAUUUGGAGAAGUUAUACAUGGAAAAUCGGUCAUUAGAGAAAUCGAACGUGUGAAAACCAACCUGGAGAAUGUGCCUGAAGUCGCUAUUACUAUCGAGAGUUGUGGUGUUUGGGACAAAGACAUGGGUGUACCUGUGUAUAAUGCAAGUUAUGACUCCAUUUCUGGUGAUAUUUAUGAAGAAUACCCUGAAGACGAUACAAAUUUUGAUCAGGAAUCUACUCAGGAAGCAUAUGAUGCCGCAUGCAAGAUGAAAGAGAGCGGUGCUCAAUUAUUCAAAAUGGGUAAGAAACAAGACGCGUGGUUCAAAUGGAGGAAAUGUUUAAGAUAUAUCGUUGAGUUUGACCCUGAUCAAGACCAAAACCCUGAGCUUUAUGUCAAGUUUAAAGAAUUGAAAAAGAAAGUAUAUUUGAACCUAAGUUUGGUUUGCUUACAGUUGGAGAAUCACCAAAAGGCAAUUGAUUACUCAACUUUUUUACUCGAUAUGGAUGCCAAAGUAUCUCAGCAAGACCGUGCAAAGGCAUUGUUCCGACGGGGAUCGAGCUACUUUAGCUUGAAAAAAUUCGAAAAUUCUCUAAGGGAUUUGAAAGAAGCACAUGAAAUAGUGCCUGAUGACAAAGUAAUAUCGGCAAAAAUGACCGCUGCUGAAAAAGCAAUUGCUCAAAAGAAGGAGAAUGAGAAAUCGAAAUACGCCAAAUUUUUCGGGUAA